CGACUCUUUCGAAGACGUCACCCGCUUUUUCCGACACGAGUUCGAGCAGAUUUACGAGAACCACAGCCUUUCAUUCUUCUUUCCCGAGCCGUGGCCUGCUGAAGAUGCUCUGUUGAUGCUGGCGGAGCGGGCCAACGGGCGCUUCAUUUUUGCAGCGACUGUGAUCAGGUUGAUAGACCAGGACCAGCCUCAAGAUCGUCUCCCGCUCGUGUGCGGCAUGCUACGCGGCGAUGUGUCACGUGUCUGGGGAGACAUUGAUCAUCUUUACGCGUCUGCGAUCAACGAUAUCGACGCCUCGGUUCGAACUGUUGGAUUGCAAUAUCUCUCCCUCAUCGUCAACCUCGCUGAGCCGCUGUCUUCGUCUAACUUGCGCUUCUUAUUUGGAACCGACAUCCAUCCGUAUUUGUUGCCCUUUUCAGCCUUCGUCUCUAUCCCUCCCUCCAGUUCCUCCAACGUCGUUCAGAUCUACCAUACAUCACUCCGAGACUUUUUACAGAAAUGUGACCCGCAAAGUGGACAUCAACAACUGGCCGACGCGGAGACUCAUCAACGGUUGGUUACUUCUUGCUUUCGAAUGAUGGCGAGGGUGCUCAGACGUGAUGUCUGCGGGCUCAAAGACCCGUCUCUGCUUCACGAUGAGAUUCCAGAUUAUACCCAGAAACGUGACGCUAUUCCUCGCGCUCUCCUCUACACGUGCCGUCACUGGCUAUAUCAUCUACAGCGCACGGGAGCACCUCCCGAUAAUGCUACUCAAGGACUUCUCCUCGACUUCCUAGAAAAACGAGUUGUCUUCGCGAUAGAGGUUUAUUCGAUAUUCGGCGAGUUAGCUGUGGGCGUUCGGCUGCUCAGGGCUGCGAGAAAGUUCGUUCGGACCUGGCCCACGAGCGCUAUCAAGGAUACCGCAUUGCCCCUGCUGUACGACUGCUGGCGGCUGACUCUAGACUUCUUCUAUCCCAUCAGCUUUUCUGCACUUCACGUAUACGAAUCGGCCUUACCCUGUAGUCCAGCGAGGUCAAAAAUCCGCUCCGCUUACAUGCACAUUAUCGACCGCCCAACCACGCUCGUGUUUGAACACGGGCUAGAUGAAGAGUGGGACUGUGUCACGCGGAUCAUAGAGACGGAAUUCUCUGAUCUCCUCUUGUCGCCUGAUGGGGCCCAACUUGUGACAAGAGCUCCCCUGGAGAUACAUGUGUGGGAUACCGCUACUGGACAGCUCGUCACGUCACUUUCACAGAACAUUCCUGUACCGUCGACGACACACAGCUUUGCUUAUAACGGGUCUCAUGUUGCCCUGUGCGGCGUACGCAGCUUUUACUUGUGGAACCUAUCCACUGGUGGAUGCGUUGAACUUUUCCCCGAGCCGUUACACUUGAUCCACGGCAGAGUCCGCCAUACAUCCGGCUUUAUGAUAGGUGCUAGUGCAACAAGAGAUGGGACCCCCGUGUACCAUUCAGCACAACUGCUGGCCACAGGACCACUAUGUUUCUCUUUUGACGGAAGCAGCAUUGCAUGUGUGGCUGCUAAACCACCUCAAGCUGAAAACGCGAAUACAAAGCGGUGCUCUAUCUAUAUCUACGACGUGAACACGGGAAAACUGAGAUCCCAGAUCCCCUUCGAAUUCGAGGCGGUGCGGACAUCGUUGGAGUUCGCUGCCGACAACAAUCACCUGCUCGUUCACAAUGUAGGAUUCGUCGGAAUCGUCGACGUUAUGAAUGGUCAGCUUCUAGGAAGCUUGGGGUGCUGCAAUACCCAGAGCGGAUGGAGGAGGACACUCUUUAGCCUCGACAACAGGCAGAUCUUUCAUCUAGCAGAUCAGGGAAGAGCAGAUAUAGAGAAGUACUCCUUUGGCCAGACAACUCGUACAGUAUCCUACCAGUUGGCGACUCAGAACUCUGCGACUCAACUUCACAUCAGAGGUCCGCCGCCGACAGGAUCACGAUCUCUGAUGCUUCAAAAAAUCGAAGACACAUCGCAGUCAGAACAAUCCUUGUUGGGCGCAAACCCUCAGCCUAUCGAAUACGCAGCGCAUCAACAAGAUCCAGGUUCUCGCUCAGUCUCUGCCAAACGUCCAGCCUCCGACCAAUAUCCAAACAUAGAUCUCCGAUUCCGGGCCACAAUGCCAGCGCUUGUGUCAGAUCUGGGAGAUUUGAUGGCUUUGAAAACGGAGAGCAACACGUAUGUUGUGAUCCGCACCUCCGGCAUGUAUGAAUCCUUCUGCUGUGAAGUUAACCUCGAUGCAUGCGGCAUUGCUCUGCGUCACAUCCUCCGAUUUACGCCACAGUCAACGUAUAUUGCUAUUGCAGAUACUACUGCUGACGGCACUCGAAUCCAGCUCUGGGAUCCCUCUCGUAGGUCGGGCUACAGCAUAGAAAGUGUGUUGUUACCAUCCACCGCACCAGGUCUGCUAGAUAUGCGGUUCUGCAAAGAAGAAACGGCAGUGGCAUUAUCAUUCCUGUCCGAAAGCCAAUGGAAGAUCGCAGUCUUCUCUCAGGAAGGGAGUAAGCUCGAGCAUGUGACGCUAUUCUCCCCCGGAGCUCUGACAGAUGACCUAGCCGCACUCAUUUCGAUCACCUCCGUGACCCCCAAUACUGUCCAUUUGUGGCGCAGCAAUGCAGACGGCACUCAGGUCAAUCAUCUUGAAUGGAGGCGGGCAACGUCAACGGUGACUACAAGAGCAACUUUCCCGUACCCAUGUGAUACGGCAGGGAAACGUUUGUGGCUUGUCAAGGUCGCCCACUCCCCGAGCUUCAAUCAUGUACAUUUUAUGUCAUUGGACGUCCACCAUAGAGUGCUCACGACUACCUUCACCAUGAAAACCCCUCUUCCAGACCAUGAAAGGGAUAACAACAGAGAAGACUCUUACAAGGUCAAAUUACAUGAGGACCAGGAUUCCUUUUCGGACAUGCUUUCAUGGUCUGAUUUGCGCAUGGACACAGAUGGUUGGCUUCGACAGAGGAGACGUAGGAUAUGCUGGCUUCCCGAACGGUACAGGCCAAAAGAUCUUGAGAAGGCCGGGCUGAGGCUGGUAGUUGACGGUAGUAGAGUCACAAUCCCGUGCACCAACGAGAGGAAGAGCGUUACUUUACGGUUUUGCAACACGGAAAUCCAUUAUUUUGAUUAGAGCUUAUAGUUUGUAGUAGCACCAGCUGAACACAACGGGCAAUGCGAA